UCCCCAUCCCGGCUAGAUCUAUUCAUCCAUCUGUAGAGAAAGAAGCUUCAAAGGAAGAAGAGAGGGGAAAACCGAAGAAGAAGAAGAAAGAAGAGAGAAGAGAGAAGGAUAAAUAAACAGAUCAUGGCUUCGUCUCUGGACAUCAUUGACCACUCUCCUCACCAUCCCGAUCCGUCACCUCCCAUCCCUACGGCCUCAAAUCUGAUCCUCAUAGACAACUACGACUCUUUUACCUGGAAUGUAUAUCAAUAUCUUGUCCUCGAAGGUGCUACCGUUACCGUAUACCGGAACGAUCAGAUCACCCUCGAGGAAUUGAUCACCAAGAGACCUACUCAGCUUGUUGUCAGCCCCGGCCCCGGACAUCCCAUAAGUGACUCUGGCAUAAGCCGGGAUGCCAUCAAACACUUUGCAGGAAGGAUUCCCAUAUUCGGCGUCUGCAUGGGCCAACAAUGCAUUUUCGAUGUGUACGGAGGUGAUGUGAGGUUUGCCGGGGAGAUCCUCCACGGCAAGACCUCGCCACUAGCCCACGACUCCAAGGGGGUCUAUGCGGGUAUGGCUCAAGGUCUUCCCGUCACCAGGUACCAUUCGCUUGCGGGUACACACGUCACUCUACCAGAAUGCCUCGAGGUAACUUCCUGGAUACCUAAAGACGACGGCUCAAAAGGAGUCAUAAUGGGAGUGCGGCACAAAGAGUACACGGUUGAGGGUGUCCAAUUCCACCCCGAGAGCAUCCUAUCAGCUGAUGGGCGAGUCAUGAUUAAAAACUUCCUACAUAUGCAAGGAGGUACCUGGGCCGACAACGAACGGCUACGUAAGGAGUCACAGGCUGACAGCAUCGCAAAUCAAAGUGUCGAAAAGUCAUCUUUGCCGUCAGAUCCAAAGAAGAGCAAUAUCCUACAGCAAAUAUACACACGACGAAGAGAAGCAGUGGCUGUUCAGAAGGAGAUUCCGUCGCUACGCCCACGAGAUCUUGAGGCCGCACACGAACUCAACACCGCCCCUCCCCAAAUUCCGUUUGUCGAUCGAAUACGACAGAGUCCGUUCGACGUCUCGCUCAUGGCUGAGAUCAAACGGGGCUCACCCUCGAAAGGCAUCUUCGCCCUCGACAUUGACGCACCAUCGCAGGCAAAAAAAUACGCUCUCGCUGGAGCCAGCGUCAUAUCCGUUCUCACGGAACCAGACUGGUUCAAAGGCAGCAUCGAGGAUCUUCGCGCUGUAAGGCGAGUGCUAGACAGUAUGCCCAACCGGCCAGCGGUGCUCCGGAAGGACUUCAUAUUCGAAGAGUAUCAGAUCCUAGAAGCGCGACUUGCGGGCGCGGAUUCAGUACUCCUCAUUGUAAAGAUGUUAGACGAAGAACUUCUCCUGCGCCUAUACAAGUACUCUCUAUCUCUCGGGAUGGAGCCACUUGUAGAAGUCCAGAAUACGGAGGAGAUGGCGACCGCGGUUAAACUUGGUUCUAAGGUUAUCGGGGUUAACAACCGCAACCUCGAGUCAUUCGAGGUCGACCUCAGCACCACCAGCAGACUACGUAGCCUGGUUCCUAAGGAAACCAUCAUAUGCGCGCUUAGCGGUAUUAACACUCACGAUGAUGUUCUUGCCAAUCAUAAGGAUGGCGUUAACGCUAUUUUGGUGGGCGAGGCCAUUAUGCGUGCACCGGACGCCUCGCAAUUCAUCCAACAACUCUGCGCAGGCCAAACCUCUGCCCAACAAAAAUCUCUACACGGGCCUUUGUUUGUCAAGAUCUGCGGUACUCGCACGCCCGAGGCCGCUCUCGCUGCCGCGGAGGCAGGUGCAGACCUAAUUGGCAUGAUCCUCGUGCCAGACCGCAAACGCUCCGUCAGUGACGAUGCCGCGAAAGCUAUCUCCAAAGCAGUCCACGACUUCUCGCGGCCUGCCCCCGUCGCCCCGGCCGCCAUCCCUAAGAACGCAGCGAGCGACUUCUUCGCCUCGGCACCCCUUAAGCUUACGUCCCCCAAUCAUACGCGCCCACUCCUAGUCGGCGUAUUCCAGAACCAGCCGCUUGACGAAAUUAUUGAGUUGCAAAAGCGUUAUAGCCUCGAUGUCGUGCAACUGCACGGCCACGAACCCGUCGAGUGGGCGCGCGUUAUACCCGUACCUAUACUGAGGCGUUUUACUCCAGGCGAGCCGGGUAUCGGCGUCCGGGGCUACCAUACUGUACCCCUAUUUGACCCAGGGUCCGGGUCGGGCCAACUACUGGACACCGUUGACGUGAAGGCUGCGCUGAAGCGGGACAGGGAGUUGCGAAUUAUUCUAGCGGGCGGUUUGGACCCGGAGAAUGUCGUUGGGGUGAUCAAGGCUGUAGGCCUGGACGGCGCCAGGAUUCUAGGUGUUGAUGUGAGCAGCGGCGUCGAAGGAGCCGAUGGAGAGCAGAGUCUAGAGCGGAUACGAGAGUUUGUAAAGACGGCAAAAGCUAUCAGAUAGAACUUUUAUAAAUAUCACGGCGGUGGAAAGCGAGAGGGGCCGGUCUUGAGUUAGAAUCAAUGUCAUUUAACGGCUUACGCACUUGGUAUACCUAACCUUAUCGCGCCGUGGCUCUUGGCAAGGUGCACAUAUCCCAAUGACAGAAAU